UGUCAGUCAUCUGCUGACAUCAUGUUCUGGAGGGAGAGAUGGCUCCUGUGCGCCUUGUUGCUCCUGGGCUUCGUUGCUGGAGGGAGAUCGGAGCUCCAAUAUGUCCUGAGCUCACCUGCCUCUUUGCUUAGUGGUGAGACGGGAAAGGCCUGCGUGAACAUUGUGGGCAACACAGAAAAGUUGGAUGUAAGUCUGAUAUUGCAGCAUGAAGGAAAGAACACAACCAUUAUUGGAGAAGAUGUCUCCUUGCCUUCAUACUUCCAGUGUGCUGAUUACAAGUUCCCCACAGUUUACCUACGGGAUCCUUCAAGGACCAGGAUCAAGCAAUGGCGAAACCAAGAAACGCAGCGUGGGGUGUUGUCAAUGGAGUUCCCGCUGAUCAAAGAUGCACCUGUCGGUUCCUACAGCGUCAUAGCUGAGAGAGAAUCCAGUUAUUCCAUGUCACAAUAUUUUACAGUGGAAGAAUAUGUGCUGCCCAGGUUCAGUGUGGCCGUGGAUGUCCCAGACACGAUCUCUGCAUUGCAAGGUGUUCUGAAGUUCUCAAUCUCUGCAAUGUACACCUAUGGUGAGCCAGUGGCUGGCAAAGUCACGAUGCUAUAUUGUAAACAGUCCGGUUUGUACGGCAGACGCCAGAACUGCCUCGGAGAGAAAGGAGAGGUCUGCUCCAAUAUGACAGGAGAGCUCAGUCGUGAAGGGGUUUACAACGGUGCCAUAGACAUGUCUGGACGUUCCAUGGGGUUGACGGAAAUGUUCGUGCGACUAGAGUUUAUAAUUACUGAGGAUGGAACAGGAAUCCAAGUUUCAAAUUCCCGUUAUGUGUGGGUCACCACCCAACCAGCAAGGCUUAACUUUGACUACAGUGCCAUGAAUCGGCACUACAAACGGGGUAUUCAAUAUCCUAUUGUGGCACGACUAGUUGAUGAGCAAGAAAAGCCAAUUCCAAACGAAGACGUUGAAAUAGAGCUCAACCAGAAUCUGAUUGGGACUGUGAAGACUGACUCUGAUGGGAAAAUAGAGUAUGGGAUGGACACAUCUGAUAUGGUGGCAACAAACUUUACAGUCCGGAUCAGUUAUAAGAACCCCGAUCAGUGUUAUUAUGCCGACUGGAGGGACACAGACUAUCCGACAGCUGAAUACACGGCUUUCCGUUUCUACUCUCGAACGGGUAGCUUCAUUCAGGCAAAGCGCAUACGAGGAGAAUUAAAAUGUGGGCAGAGCAAUAAUUUUGAGAUGCAGUAUGCCAUGAGCCGGGAUGGCGUCGGAGAGAAAGCAACUUCAGUCAGAUUCUAUUAUCUAGUCAUGGCCAGAUCGAAGAUUAUUCACGCCGGUCACCAAGAUGCUGAUUUGACCAGCUCAAUGAAUGGCUCUGUUAACAUCCCUCUCUCUGUGUCUGCGGACAUGGCGCCCAAUGCCAACCUGGUUGUAUUCAGCAUCUUGAAGGGAGAAGUUGUUGUUGAGAAAGUCGAUAUGGACAUAGAGAAGUGCUUCAAAAACAAAGUUGACAUGGCUUUCUCAGAAGAGAAGGGGAUGCCGGGAGCCACCGCUCUCCUGGGUCCUUAUGUUUUCUUGAAUACUGCAACUACAAGAUUUUCCAACUUUCUUCUGUCCACCUGGAAUUUUUGGGUGUUGCAUCACACCCUUUGGAUGUUCUUGUCCACCUCACAUAUCCAUGGCUUAUUUUCCUACUGGUCCUAUGGCUACAAUAUCGCUGGUUUUAAUGUGGAGGAUCCAGAGCCUCAAUGUCUAGACCCGAACAAGCUGAUCUUCUUUAAAGGGAUUGACUAUUUACCUGUGAGCAGCGACUCUGAAAGUGACAGCUACCAGAAUCUUAAGGAAGCCGGAUUGAUUUUUGCAACCAGAGACCAAGUGAGAAAGCCGAAGGUCUGUGACUACAGCCGAUACAAGCCAUCAAAUCAGAUCCUAACUGCAGAUGGGGCAGUUCCAGAAGCUUCAAGUUCCCUCAAAGUUGCUGCGACUCGAGGUCUUGGUGGCGGUGCCGGUGGCGCUGGAGGUCCUGCGAUUGAGACUGUUCGGACGAACUUCUCGGACACUUUCAUGUGGUUCAUGGUUCCUCUUGAUAAAGACGGUCACGCUGCUUUAUCGGAAAUUGUCCCAGACACCAUCACACAGUGGAAAGGAACUGCUUUCUGCCUGUCCGAUAAGGGAGGUUUUGGGAUGACCAAGUAUGCGGCCAACUAUACAACAUACUUGCCGUUCUUCGUCGAGCUCACCAAGCCCUAUUCCUUCAUCCGGGGGGAGACUUUAGUCCUGGUAGCAGUUGUACAAAACUAUCUGGAGCAAUGUGUCAAGGUUCGAGUGACUUUGGUAGCUUCCAACGCUUUCACUGCGCAACUGAAGGAAGGAACCCAGGACGCCUGUGUGUGCUCCAAAAACCGAGCCUCCUAUUCCUGGGAGGUUCAAGCAAAUGUUCUUGGAGAAAUGAGCUUCUCAGUGACGGCACAAACCACUUUUAUUGGGCAGUCAUGUGAUGGAUCUAAUGAUGCUUCCCAGCCUCCUCGCAAGGACACCGUUGUGCAAUCCAUUUUAGUAGAGCCUGAAGGAAUCAGCCAAGAACUGACUUUAAGCAAUCUCGUCUUUGUGAAACCCGGCGCGAAGUCAACAUUGCCAGUCCGUAUAACCCUUCCAAAAAACGUGGUGCCAGAUUCUAUCUCUGCGUAUAUAGCUGCUGUUGGUGAUGUGUUUGGACUCCCAUUGGCAAACCUUGAGGAUUUGGUCCAGAAGCCGUAUGGAUGUGCAGAACAAAACCUGGCGCGAGUAGCUCCUAUUGUACAUGUGCUUGACUAUCUCAACAACACAGGCCAGCUAUCGCCUGAAAUUCUGGAGAAGGGAAAGCGGUACUUAUUGGAGGGUAAAUAUAAAUCUGACACCUUUUUUAUGUGCACCAAAUUCUUUUUUUUUCUCUUUCAAAAAGAUUUUAGAUAUUAUCGUCACCUUGGAUAUGCCAGCGGAGACGCUUAUAGAGUGUUUCACAGCUCCGUAGAACCCAAUUCAUGGCUGACCGUAUACAGCAUGAAGACCUUUGAACAAGCCAAGAGAUACAUUGAAAUUGAUGAAACCAGACAGCAGCAAACCCUCAUCUGGCUGGAGAACCAGCAGAGGCUUGACAAUGGCUGCUUUGAACCCCAAGGAACCUUGUUCACAUUCCAGGUCAGAAAAGACACAAACAGUUCCAUCCACUACACGGCAUAUGUUGCAAUUUCACUUCUCGAAACCAAAUACAGCUUGGGGAAAACGCUGCUGGAAGGAGCUAUGGGGUGUCUGAAAAAUGCAUCAAAAACAAAGCAAAAAACUGGUGAUGAAGUCCUCAUGCUGUACGCCUUCACACUGGCUGGUCUCCCAGAAUACAGAGAUCCUCUGAUGGCAAAACUCAUGAAGAAAGCCAUAGUUAAAGAUGGCACAAUACACUGGGAAAGAGAAGACAUGCCUACAUUGCGGCCAGUUCCAUUCUUCUUUCCUAUAUAUAACUCAGCUGAGGUGCAGCUCACGGCUUACAUGUUACUAAGCAUGAUUCAAGCGAAUGUUAAACCGACUACCCCGGCAUCGGUGUCCAAGAAACCGAAAUCAAUUGUAGCGCCCCCUGUAUCUGAAAAAGUCCUGGCAACAAUGGCUCAGAUGUCCCUGUGGCUCACUCGGCAGCAGAACGCUCAUGGAGGGUUCUCCUCUACAUCGGACACGGUUGUCGCUCUCCAGGCUCUCGCUGCUUUUGCAAAGCUGCUGUACACUCCGAAUUCCCAGCAAACCAUUCGGAUCAAAAACCGCAAUGGAAAUGUUGGGAACCUGAACUUGAGUCCUGAAAACCGGCUGCUGGUGCAGAGAUACGAUUUGCCAGAUGCUAGCGGUGACUACAGCUUGGAUGUAGAAGGGAACGGAUGGAGUCUGAUCCAGACCGUAAUCAAAUACAAUAUCCCGAUACCGAAAGACAACUCUGCUUUCUCCCUAUCCUUGUCCACCGCCUCCAAUACCUGCCUGAAUGGAGUGACUAAGGCUUUCAACAUGACUGCCAAUCUCAG